ACAGCACAAAACGCGCUUUUAUAAUCUUACUGACCCAAUUCAAUUCCUAUAAAUACCCAUCUUAUGGAGUGAAACCUCAAUUGUAGCAUUUCAACAUAUUCCAAUAUGACAAAUUCGAAAGUUCUAAGUGUUUUUUUCUUUGUUAUGUUAGGUUUGGGCAUAUGCUCUGCCGCUAGAACACUCCUCACCUUUGGUGUAGAUCAUGGCAUUGGUGUUGGUGUCCAUGGUGACAUUGGUGUGAGUGGAGGUGGAGGUUAUGGCGGUGGUGGAGGUGGAGGGCAUGGUGGUGUAGAUGGACAUGGAGGAGGAGCUGGUGGAGGUGAAGGUGCAGGUGGUGGUGGAGGAUAUGGAGGUGAUGCUGUUGUUGUUGGUGGUGGAGGAGGAGGAGGAGGAAGUGGAGGUGGUGGUGGAGGCGGUAUUGAAGGUGGUGGAUAUGGUGGAGGAGCUGGCAAAGGUGGUGGGGAAGGAUAUGGUGGAGGUGCACAACAUGGUGGUGGUUAUGCUGGUGGCGGUGGAGGUGGGAGUGGUGGAGGCGGAGGUGGUGGUGCUGGGGGUGCUGGUGGUGGUUAUGGAGGUGGGGAAGGAGGUGGAGCUGGAGGUGGAUAUGGUGGAGAACAUGGCGGAGCAUACGGUGGUGGAGGUGGAAGUGGAGGUGGUGGAGGAGGCGGUGCUGGUGGGGCACAUGGAGGUGGAUAUGGUGGUGGUGAAGGAGCAGGUGGUGGAUAUGGGGGUGGGGCAGCAGGCGGUGGUGGUGGUAUAGGUGGUGGCUCUGGUGGCGGUGGAGGUGGUGGAGGGGCACAUGGUGGGGGAUAUGGUGGUGGUGCUGGAGGUGGUGAAGGUGGUGGCCACGGUGGAUAUUAUCCUUGAGCUUACAAUGAAAUUCCAUGUUAUGAAAGAAUAUCAAGCUCCUCUAACUAUAUAGUAACAAGAAUAAGAUAUGGUUAUGUGGAUGCUUUAAACUACUAUAAAAAUUUAUCUUUACAUGUGGUGAAACGUUAAUUAAUGAAUGCAAAAGUAUGUUGAUGACUUGUAAUUUGAGAGAGUUUUCGGUGCUAGUAACCGUAAUUAAUUAAAGGAUCUUGCUAAA